CAUAAACAAGAGAGCAAAGCCUGACAGAGGCAGUCAGAGUGAAAACCCUGAGGAGAAGCUUCACAGAUACGAGAGACACCAGGCACGAGGAGAAUCUUGACAGUUUCAAGAGCAUUUAGCAACACUUGAAAGUAUUCUGUGAGACCCGGCAUCGAAUGCCAGGCAUAUGAAAACAGUGGAGCCAAAGCUAGGAGCUAGGGGGGUCUAGAAGACACAGAAGCAGACAUAUGAAAGCUGAAAUACUUGACUCAACAGGCAGAGACUGAGAAAACCAAACAUGGCCCAAAUCACAACAGAAGAUAUCCCCCGGCUUUUCCAAAGAAUGUCAAUGAGUGAGAUGGAUGAGAGGGUACGUCUGAUAGCAGAGAAGGUAUACGCCUCUGCCCUGAAGGAGGAAGAAACCAAGGAUGCCAUGUCGCUAUUCACUGUGCCAGAGGACUGUCCCAUCGGUCUGCAUGAGGACAGGGAGAGGGCACUGCAAAAGGAGAUGGCUGAGCAGCAGUCUCAGGAGUCUGUUAAGAGGAAGAAGAACUUUAUGUUGAAGCGUUCGCAGUCAGUAUCUUUGCAGAUACCCUGCCCUGACUGGGUCCUGCCUGGCGUUUCCCCACUGCUAAGUCCAGCCACUCCUGAACCUGCUCUGCCAGAAAGCUUCCCAGACUUCCAGCGGGUUACCAUCAGCGGGGACUACUGUGCAGGGAUCACAGUUGAGGAUUACCAGCAAGCAGCCAAGAGUCUCCUCACAGCAUUGUUCAUCAGAGAGAAAUACUCCAGGCUGGCCUACCACCGCUUCCCCAGAACCACUGCCCGUUUCCUUCGCAAUGUGGAAAAUGAGAAGUGGCAGGAGGAGGAUGAGGUCUUGCCAGACAUUUGGCCUCCCCCUCAAGAAGGACAGGAUCCGUACUCCAUGGAGGGUAUUCCUGAGGACCUAAACUAUGAGCUGCAGAUGAAAGAUGGGAUAGUUCAUGUUUAUGACAGUGCAGAGGCCCUGAAACAGCAGCAACCCCACAGCCUCCCUUACCCUGACCUUGAGACCUUUGCGAUUGACUUGAGCCAUGUACUUGCAAUGAUAGCCGACGGCCCUACGAAAACCUACUGUCACAGAAGGCUGAAUUUCUUGGCCUCUAAAUUCUACCUUCAUGAAAUGCUGAAUGAAAUGGCAGAGCUAAAAGAGCUGAAAAGCGUUCCACACAGGGACUUCUACAACGUUAGAAAGGUGGACACACAUAUACACGCUGCUGCUUGCAUGAACCAGAAGCAUCUGCUGAAAUUUAUAAAGACCACAUACCAGACAGAGGCAGAUCGUGUGGUCUUGGAGAAAGGCAAUGAGAAGAUGACACUCAAGAAAGUUUUCAACAACCUCAACAUGGACCCCUACGACCUCACUGUGGACUCUCUGGAUGUGCAUGCUGGAAGACAAACAUUUCAUCGGUUUGACAAGUUCAACUCCAAAUACAAUCCUGUGGGAGCCAGUGAACUGCGAGAGAUUUAUCUGAAAACAGACAACACCAUCAAAGGAGAAUACUUUGCACGUCUCGUCAAGGAAGUUGCAAAGGAACUGGAAGAGAGCAAAUACCAGCAUGCUGAGCCCCGUCUGUCAAUUUACGGCCGCUCUGCCAGCGAAUGGGAGAGUCUAGCAACCUGGUUCAUCCAGCAUAAGGUCCACUCACCCAACAUGAGAUGGAUGAUCCAAGUUCCCAGGAUCUAUGACAUUUUCAGGUCAAAGAAAUUAAUACCACACUUCGCGAAGAUGCUGGAAAACGUUUUCCUCCCCCUCUUUGAGGCAACAAUCAACCCUCAAAAGCACAAAGCAAUACAUGUGUUUUUAAAAUACGUGACAGGAUUUGACAGUGUGGAUGAUGAGUCCAAACACUGUGACCACAUGUUCUCUUACAAAAGCCCGAAACCUGAGGCGUGGACCACAGAUGACAACCCUCCCUACACCUACUACCUGUUCCACAUGUAUGCAAACAUCAUGGUGCUCAACAACUUGCGCAAGGAGCGAGGACUAAACACCUUCCAAUUUCGGCCUCAUUGUGGCGAAGCAGGGUCUAUCACCCACUUGGUGUCCGCCUUCCUGACAGCCGACAACAUCUCCCACGGACUCAAUCUCAAGAAGAGUCCAGUGUUGCAGUAUCUGUACUACCUGGGCCAGAUCCCGAUUGCCAUGUCCCCCCUGAGCAACAACAGCCUGUUCCUGCAGUACUCCAAGAACCCACUGCGAGAGUUUCUACAUAAAGGACUGUGUGUGUCCCUGUCUACCGACGAUCCCAUGCAGUUCCACUACACCAAGGAGGCCUUGAUGGAGGAGUACGCCAUCGCUGCCCAGCUGUGGAAACUGAGCACCUGCGAUUUGUGUGAGAUUGCCAGGAACAGUGUUCUGCAGAGCGGUCUCUCACAUCAGGAGAAGAAACACUUCAUUGGCUCCAACUACCUACAAGAUGGACCCGAAGGCAACGACAUUCGACGGACAAAUGUGGCACAAAUCCGCAUGGCCUAUCGGCAUGAGACUCUGUGCAAUGAACUCAGUUUUCUGGUGGACGCGGUGAAGACAGAGGGUGGCCAUAGUCCAUCCGAAUGAAUGACCACACAAGUACAAACUGUGCCGGAUGUGUCCUGGGAGAUAAAGGAGCAUUGGCAAGGCAGCACAUAGUUGUUGUAUAGUUUUACAUACUCCUAUUGUUGUUCCUGAUCUAGAUUUGAUGAAACGGUGUGCCUGCUCUUUUGGGUUUAUGGAUGUCUGUGUUGACAUAUGACAUGCACAUUGCCUAUUUCAUGAAGCAUAAUACAAACUUGACUUUUAGACCAGAUUCAAUGUUGUAUCUAUGAAAUCUGUCAGUCACUGUGUGCCUUGUUUUGUUUUUGUUUUUGUUUUUUUUAGAAAAUGUUAAUUUGUCUUUGAAAAGUGGUAAAUGUAUUUGUGAAUUUGGAUAUAUCAAAGGGCAAUUGUUAGAUAGGGUUAGGCCUGAUGUGGAAUUUAAACAGAAGAAUAUAAAAUUAUUUUCACAGAAAAUUAGUUACUUAUGAUGUAAUAACAAAGUCCUGCUUAGUGUUGUUUCCACUUGGAUAUAUGCGUGGGAUAUUGAACUUUAUCUGUACUGCAAGUCUAAAAUGAAAUGAAGAGUAAUGUGCAAUGUGAGGUUGUGAUGAGAUUAAUGUACUUGUGCUAAUUACACUGAUUUGCGUGAUUUUGAUAAAGGUGAAUGAAAGCUAAGCAAAUAUUCAGACACAGACAGAUCCUUAAAGCUAGCUUAAACAUUGGUAUGCUAACAGUGAAUCAACUAGCUCAUCAGAAUGAUACUUUUAUAUGCUUGUCAUUUCUAAUAGUUUUUCAUACCAAGAAUAAAGACUGAAGUCAA